GAGUCAGUUACUGUCUGACCACAGACUGAUCACAGUACACCAAGGGACUAUCCAGUGUGGUUCUCUUCCUGUGGGUACAAAUUCAGUGCAGAUACUGUACUUGUGUCCUGGGAACCUAGUGUGUGAUACCACAACUUUCUCCCAGGGAAAGGACCUGGAUUUAAGGGAAGCACCCAGGAAGGUCUUAGCAGAAGUUGUGUGGCCAGUCUCAGAACUGAGAGGCAGCUUCUUCAGGUUUGUUCAUUGCUGUUGCCAGUCCUCUGGACAAGGGAAUGCGUAUGCUUGUAGUAUGUAGCCUAACCCUGAACCUGGUGAGUAUCUUAAAUCCUGGAUUUGGUUCCAGGCCAUUGUUUUUUGGUUAAGGUAUAUUUGUACGUUGAGGUAUAUUUGUACAAAUUUUCCUGGCAUAAGCCAUCAUGACACUAAGUUCUUUUUGCUACAAAGAUUGCAUAACACUUAUUGUGAAAUGUGUUAUUGCGUGAAAUGAGUCAAGCAUACAGAAAGUAAUCUCAUGCAAGUCCACCCAUUACCCACAUACCGACUUGCUCUGUAUAAAGACAAGGCUGUGUGUAGCCACAGAUGACAAUAAACACUUCUUCGAGGGCAGUGCAGCCAAAAACCGUUUUGGUACCUGACAACUGAGUCAGAACCAAAGAAGGAGCUGCAAGGCACCAGCCAUGCUCCCUUCCCAGCCUCUCCUGCAUGCUGGGGUAUUCGCUCUCACAGUCCUUCAGGCUCUUGCCUCCGACACCUUCAUUGCAGCCGUCUACGAGCACGCAGUCAUCCUGCCAGAUCCCACUGACAAGCCCGUUUCUCCCGAUGAUGCUUUGGCCCUGAUGAACAAAAACAUGGAUGUCUUGGAAGGGGCCAUAAAGGAAGCUGCCCAGCAGGGUGCCCACAUCAUUGUGACUCCUGAAGAUGGCAUCUAUGGCUGGAAAUUCACGAGAGAAACCAUCUACCCGUACCUGGAGGAUAUCCCUGCUCCAGUGGUGAACUGGAUUCCCUGCACUGACCCCUCAAGGUUUGGUCCAGCACCAGUGCAGGAACGACUCAGCUGCAUGGCCAGGAAUAACUCCAUCUAUGUGGUUGCAAACAUUGGGGACAAGAAACCGUGUAACUCCAGUGAUCCCGACUGCCCCAGUGACGGUCGCUACCAGUACAAUACGGAUGUUGUCUUUGACCCAGAGGGGAAACUGGUGGCUCGUUACCACAAGUAUAACCUGUUUAGAGGUGAAACUCAGUUUAAUUACCCCAAAGAGCCAGAAGCUGUCACCUUUGAGACUCCCUUUGGGAAGUUCGGCAUUUUCACUUGCUUUGACAUCCUUUUCCGUGAGCCUGCAGUGGUCCUGGUGAGCGAGAUGCAGGUGGACACUGUGCUUUUCCCAACGGCUUGGAUGAAUGUCCUGCCAUUUCUGACUGCAGUUGAGAUUCACUCUGCCUGGGCUAUGGGCAUGCGUGUCAAUUUACUUUCAGCAAAUACUCACAACAUCAACUUUGCAAUGACAGGCAGUGGGCUGUUCACUCCAGAAGGACCUGCCGCCUACCAUUAUGACACUGGGACUGAGGAGGGAUGUCUCCUGCUAGCAGAGCUGAGUGCAUACCCCCGUCUUUCCCCCACUUACCCUCCUGCCGUCAACUGGAGUUUGUAUGCCACAAGUAUCAAGAAAUUUCCAGGAGAAAAUGACACUUUUUCAGGAUCUGUCCGGAAGGAUAAAUUCACUUUCAGUGAACUCAGGCACAAAGCUGGAAAUUACACUGUUUGCCAAGGAGACCUCUGCUGUCAUCUGAUCUAUCAGAUGUCAAUCAAGAGGAAAAAUGAAGUUUAUGUCCUGGGUGCAUUUGAUGGGCUUCAUGGUUCUCUCAUAAAAUACCAUUGGCAGAUAUGCACGCUGCUCAAGUGCAAGAGCACAGACUUGGACACAUGUGGGCAGCCAGUGGAGAUGGCUCAGACCAAGUUUGAGAUGUUCUCCCUCAGCGGCACAUUUGGCACCAACUACGUCUUUCCAGAAGUGUUGUACAGCGGAGUGCAGCUGGCUCCUGGGGAGUUCGAGGUUCUACGUGAUGGGCGUUUGAAAAGUAAACAUGGCACAUCGAAACCACUCAUAACAGCGACACUUUUUGGAAGAGUUUAUGAGAAGGACCUGCCACAUCCUCUGUGAACCUCCCAAAAACAUGACUCCUUAGGUGUUACACAAUCACCAUAGGCAGGAGGGGAAUUUCCUCAUGACACAUAGCAGUUAUCCUGUAUGAUUCCUCUUCUGCAAUCUUGCACGUCUGCUCAGCAGUUGCAGCAGUUUGGUUUAUUUAAGAGAAAGGAAAGUGAUCGCUCUGUUGCAUGUACCUUUUUAACACUGCUUGAGCCAAUGCAA